UGUAUAUAUAGUCCUUACUACCUCGAUAGCCAUUCACAAUUUGUAUAGUUUCUUUUGAGUCAGUCUUUUUGUAGCAGUUUUCUUAUUUCUGAAAAUAUGAAAAUGGCAAAAGGGCUAAGCUUUUUGAUGUUCUCGUCCGUUGUGUUCUUUCUUCUGAUUGCAGAGAACCAUGCUAAUAAUAGCAUCUCUGAGGCACCAUCACCACAGCCUCAAUAUAAUAGUACAAGCGGUAGCCAUUACAUGCGGGGCAUCACUCAAGGCAGCCUUAAACCUGAGGAGUGUGGCCCUCGUUGUACAACAAGGUGUUCGAACACGCAAUACAGGAAGCCAUGCAUGUUCUUCUGCCAAAAGUGUUGUGCAAAAUGUUUGUGUGUGCCUCCCGGGACGUAUGGGAACAAGCAAGUCUGCCCUUGCUACAAUAACUGGAAGACCAAGAGAGGAGGCCCCAAGUGCCCUUGAAGAAUUAAUUUAACCUCCUCUUUAUAUCAUUAUUAUACAUUCAUGACUUUGUAUUAAUAAUAUUUUUAGUCGAUGGACGAGGGUGGAUGGCCGUCUUAUCUGAACUUUUUUUUUUAUUUUUCUUUUAGAGGACGUUUGGUUCAUAGAUUCAAAAUCAUUCUCAAUUUAUGUGUAUUUUUUGUGAAAAAAAAUACUGUAACGAACCACGAAUUAUGGCACGGAUCAUUACUCCAAACGCACCAUUAAUGUUGUAUAUGCUUAUAUAAAAUUUGUA